AUGUCAGAUCCUGAUAUGAUGUUGGACAUGACACUCUCUGGUAUUCCAACAGAGCUCAUCAUUCUUAUAGGCCAAUGGCUGGCACCGAGUGACCUCAACGCUCUGGCCAAAACAAAGGGACGCUUCUACCAGAGUCUCAACCCGAGCCUGUGGCAGCAAAAGGAAGAUCUCGCAUUGCUUUGGGCCGCAGAGCAUGGCAAGAUAGAGUGUGCUCGCAAAGCGCUCGCAUUCGGCGCGAAUAUUAAUACCGAACAUCCAGCGACCGCAGAAACAUUGGCUCGACCGCGGGUAUUUCUGCAUCGGGAAAAAUUGCACAAUAAGAGCCGUGCCAGUCCCCUUCUCCUGGCCGCUGCAGCAGGACAGAUGGAAAUGGUUAAUCUAUUGGUUGGCGUUGACGGAGUUGAUGUUAACCAACAGAAUGAUUCCGACCAGACGACACCCUUGAUGAUAGCGAUCAUCGCCGAGGAGGAAGACGUUGUUCGGGUCUUGCUGGCAGAUCAAAACAUUGACACCGAUAUCAAGUACAAAUAUGUCUAUGGAGGCUCAUUGAUGGUUGCAUCAAUAGUUGGCAAUGUCAAUAUAGUCCAGCAGCUCCUAAGCCAUGGCAAAGAUCCGAACAAGGGCAACAUGAUAAGCCAGUGUCCGUUAUACCUCGCAGCCCAGAGCGGCCAUAAAGAUGUUGUGCGGGUAUUGCUGCAGGCGGGGGCAAUUCCACACCCACCUGACUCGAGAUCAACCCAGGCUACGGCCUGGGGCAAUUGGUACGGCAACCCAUUCACUCAUGCCAUAGAUAAGGGCCCGGAAAUGAUGAAAGAAUUCCUCAAAUCGCCUCUUUUCGAUAUUGAAAGAGUGAGGGAUGAGUUAACUCGCGCUAAGUGUACGGCACUCAUGAAGAAAAAGGAGGAAAAAUUCAAAUAUCUCUUCUCAAUCGACUGCCACGAUAUCGAUUGGCAUAAUGGUGAUGGCCGGACCGCAUUAUUCUGGGCCGCUACGUACGGCCAGGAAGAGGCGUUGAAGUUGCUUCUUGCAUAUGAUGGAUAUGAAAGGGUGAAUUGCAAUACACAGACGCGUGGUGAUAUUUCCCGAGAAGAUGUUCUUCGGCUAAAUAGGGCUGGGUAUGCUGGGUUUGGUGAAGGAGUCACUCCGUUGAUCAGUGCUGCGAGACAAGGGCAUAUCGGCGCAGUGAGGCUUAUUUUGACGGCAGAUGGUAUCGAUAUUCGUCACCGGGAUGGAAUAUUUGGGGAAACAGCGCUGAUGGCAGCGAGAUCAAAUGGCCACCUAGAAGUUGUUCAGUUGCUGCAAACUUAUACCGAGGAGUAG